GCGUGGCGCGCGUCCGCGGGCAACUUCACGGCAUACCGCGUAAGCAUUGCCGGCCAGCCGAUCGUCAGUCAGUCAGCCAGUCGAAAUGAAGAUGGCCGCCGAGGUGAGGUGGCUCUUUGUUUUCCUCGUGUUGUGCGGCGUGUCGUCGUGCCGCGGCGAGGCGCCGCAUCGAAAGUUCGAGUACAAGUACUCGUUCAAGCCGCCAUACCUCGCGCAGAAGGACGGCAGCGUACCGUUCUGGGAGUACGGUGGAAAUACCAUCGCUAGUUCGGAAAAUGUUAGGGUAGCACCAUCACUUAGAAGUCAGAAAGGUGCAAUAUGGGUAAAACAACCAACAACUUUCGACUGGUGGGAGGUAGAAUUAGUAUUCCGAAUAAGUGGACGUGGAAGGAUAGGAGCGGACGGUUUGGCAUUCUGGUACACAAGUAGCAAAGGAUACUACAAUGGCACCGUGUUUGGUAGUUCAGAUCUUUGGACGGGUCUGGGAAUCUUCUUUGACUCGUUCGAUAAUGACAAUAAACACAACAAUCCAUAUAUAAUGGCGAUUGUCAAUGAUGGCACGAAGGAGUUUGAUCAUAUAAACGAUGGUUCUACACAGCAGUUGGCAGGUUGUUUGCGAGAUUUUCGUAACAAACCUUUCGCCACGCGAGCGCGGAUAGAAUAUUAUAUGAAUACAUUAACUUUAUUAUUCCAUAGUGGCAUGACAAACAGUGAACACGAUUAUGAUAUUUGCUUCCGAAUUGACAACGUUAUAUUACCGAAAAACGGAUACUUUGGAAUUUCUGCUGCCACUGGUGGUCUGGCUGAUGAUCAUGACAUUUUAUAUUUCCUUACGACCUCUCUUUAUCCUCCCGGACAAUUGCCGGUGGAUGGUAGUAAAGUUUCUCUAGAGGAACAAGCUAAACUCCAGCAGGAAUACUUAGACUACCAAAAAAAAUUAAAUGAACAAAAAGAAGAAUACCACAAAGAGCAUCCAGAAAUGCAGAAGGUGGACUAUGAAGAUUUUGAAUCAGAAAAUCAAAGAGAAUUACGACAGAUAUUCAAUGGGCAGAGCCAGAUAUUCGAUGGCUUGCGUGAACUUCACAAGAAAUUAGAUGAAAUUGUUGGAAGACAAGAGAGAACUCUGGGUUUAAUAUCUCAAAUUGGACAAGGUGCGCAAGUUGUAGGCCAAUCAGGACAUCAACCCUUAAUCGAUACCAUACGUCGGCAAGAAGUCGAUGCUGUUUUGGAUAAUCAAAAUCUUAUAUUGAAUACAGCUAGAGAAAUUAAAUCUUUUGUCGGAGAAGUUCAUACUAAGACUGAAUCCAUUCUUAAUAAUCAAGCACGCGCUCCAACAGCACACGUACAGCCAAUGGGAUAUGAUUAUCAGUCAUUUAUGACAGAGAUGCGAGACGGACUUAAUACAUUAAAAAAGGACAUUAAAACCACAGGGAACACAGAUUGUCCUACCUGUCUAUCAUUGACCAUGUUCCUGAUAGUUUUUGCUGCACAGAUGAUACUCUUUUUGGGAUACAGUUGUUAUCGAGACAAUAAAGAGGCACAAAUGAAGAAGCUUUACUAAUAUAUACAUCAUUCAUAUUGGCCAAUACAUUCUUAUUUGUGAAUACGAUUCGAUACUUCGAUAUUUCAAUUACACGUUCGAUUCGAUAUUUUUAUUACACGUUAUUCAUAUCCGCGAAAUACGUGUGUCUCGACAUUUGUAUAAUAAAUUCUUCAUCGACUAGAUUAAUAUAAAACUAUACAAUAUCCGUUGGGUAUUACUUCAUGGGAGCAUGAAGAUAUCUCGCAGCGAUGUGAUUCAUUUUAAAUAUUUCUGUUAAAUAUCUAAAUGGAGUACAAUAUCUCUUUGCAAUGCAAUGUAUAUUAUUGUUAUCGUAUACUUGACAAAAGCGAUUGGAGGAGAAAAAUUUAAGUUAAAGGGUGCUCUCGAAUUAGUUGACCUUUUGAGAAUUAUUAAAGUUGCUUACGGUCUUUUUUGUGUCGUUAUAUAUCAUAUAUAUAUAUAUAUAUAUAUAAAUAUAAAAUAUAUAGGUUUUUACUACCGAUCAUCGCAAACAUAUUUAUCGUUACACAUACACACAUCGUAUUUCAUUUGUAGCUGUAUCAUUGAUGUCUCGCAACGCUAACGCAGCUUUUCUGUAAAUCUUUGUACGAUAUUUUUUGUAUUAUGCAUUUAGUAUGUGAAUAUACGAAUUACUUUAAUCUUAAGAAUUAUUCUUUUUUGCCGCGUUUGAAGUCGUCAGCGUUUUACUGUGAGCUAUGUCAUUUCUCUCUCUUAGAAUGAGGAGAGAGAAAUAUCACACGUCGGAUCUUAACAUUAUAUGAUAACGAUUUUAAAUGUCAUCAUUCAGUUAGCAAAGAUUAUUAUAGUAAACGACGUGCGUUUGCGUAUAUUACAAUCUACCAUAUAAACGUGAUCGUAUGCAGUGAGUUUUUGAAAUUAAAAGAUCUUUAAAUAAUGUAUGUACGCGUGUAAGAUGUAUGUGUGAAUAGAGUUACGAUAGCGUAGGAAAAGCGAAAAAUGGAAAGAUCCUCUAAUUUCGUUAUUCCUUAUCAUUGCAUUUGUAAAAGUUUAUCGAAUUAUGUAGUCAUGUAUGAAAAAAAUAUAUCUAACAAAAAUACAAGGAGGGUGAAAAGCGAGAAAA